CCUAUUACACCUGCAAGUAAAACUAAUGUGCUUAUCACGGCGCCUGUAAACGGCGCGCCGCCUUGAUUGCAUUUGCAACUUGGACCGUCGCGGCAACGACACAUAACCAGGAUGAGCGAGUCAAUAGAACAGUUACGGUCACGGUUAGAGGCCCUUUCAACAUGUGUGGUGACAGCGGACCUGAAUGACCGUGCCAAGGUGGUGGAGGUGGCGCUGGGCGCCCAGCCAUCCCCACAGUUCCUGUCGGACCUGUUUGACGUGGGCGUGGCCAGCGUCUCGGCGGCGGUGGCGGCAAAGGCAGCAGAGGCUUCUGAGUCUACUGCGGAUGAGGCCGACGCCCGUGCCGGCAGCGGGCCCGCGCAGCAGCUGGUGGCCAUGUGUGUUGCCGCCUCACUACGUUACCUGCCGGGGCAAGCAGACCCGCGAGUGCUGCAGCAGUUCCUGGACUCGCUGCUGCUGCCCGCGCUGGCCGCCGCCGCCGCCGCGCUGCCCGACCGCGCCUGCCGCGUGCAGGCCUGCAGCAGCCUGGCCUCACUGCUGGCGGCCGGCGGCCACUGGCCGCAGCUGCGGCAGCUGGUGGGCAGCUGCGGGGCCGCGCUGGCGGCGGCGGGUGGCGGCGGCGGAGCAGGAGGCGAUGCGGGUGUGGGUGCGGGAGGGGCGGCGGCGGCGGCGGGUGUGCGGCUGCCGCUGCCGGUGGCGUGCACGCUGCUGACGGCGGUGGUGCACAGCCUGCGGGAGGUGGUGGCGGCGGGCUCCCAGGACGGCGCCAGCAGCACCGCCGCCGCCGGCGAUCGCGCCGCGGCCGCCCGGCAGCUGCUGGGGUCCGAGGCGCUGCCGCUGCUGCGGCGCUGCCUGCGGCCGCUGCUGGGGAGCCACGUGGCGGGGGUGCGGCAGGCGGGGCUCAAGGCCGUGGUGCCGGCGGCGCUGGUCUGUGCGCACACCUGCGGCGGCGCCGAGCUGGCCGGCCUGGCGGGUGACGUGUGGCGCCUGGCGCUGGAGCUGCUGGCGGGAGGACAGGCGGCGGCGGACAGCGCGGCAGGGGCAGCGGCGGCAGGAGCGGCAGCGGCGUCGGACAGCUCUGCUGGUGGUGGUGGUGCUGCUGCUGCUGGAGCUACUGCUGCUGCUGCCGCCGCCUCGUGCAGCACGGGGCAGCGCACGGCUCUGUCGCUGCUGGUGUCGUGCUGCGGGCUGCUGCAGGACCCGGCGGCGGGGGUGGACGUGGCGGGCUGCGGCCGCUUCUGGGAGCUGCUGCGGACGUGCCUGUCGCUGCCGGCUGACGCGGACGGCCUGGAGCGCAAGCGCGCGCUGCUGCUGCUGCAGCGCCUGGCGCCGGCGGGGCAGGCGGCGGCGCCGGGGUGGUGCGUGUGGGGGGUGCUGUACGACAUCCUGGACGAGUUCCCCAUACACCUGGUGGCGCCCGUGUGGGGGAAGAUCGACCAGCUGCACGCCCCCGCGCCCGAGUACGUGACUGAGGCUGUGGUGCCCAAGAACUACAUCCCAAAGAAGAAGGAGCUCAAGAGCCGCAAGGCAGUGGCGGCGGCGGAGGGCAGCAAGGGCGAGGGGCAGGAGGAGGAGGGAGAGGGCGAGGCGGCGGCGCCCGCUGCGGCGGCGGGUGCCGAGGCAGCGGCGGCGGGAGGGAGCUGGGCUGUGCCUGCGGAGUGGCAGUCCGUGUUAUGGUCGCGUGCGCUGCAGCACGGCAACCUGCAGGUCCAGCGGCUGGCCAUGCGUACGCUGCUGCAGCGCGACUGGUCGGGGCGGCGGGACCUGCUGAGGGGGCUGCCGGCCGCGUUUGUGUGUGGCGUGCUGCUGCCGGCGCUGGCACGGGACCUGCACUACCGCGGCGGCGCGGCGGAGGUGGACGUGGUGGACGUGCAGGCGGCGGCCUCCAAGCUGCUGCGCGCCUGGUUCGCCGCGGCGCCGCUGCCAGCCCGGCUGGAGGCGCUGGCGGCGGUGCGCGGCCUGGUGGCGCCGGGCUGCGGCGAGGUGUCGCGGCUGGGGCUGCAGCAGGUCAUGCGCUGCCUAGCCAUGGGGGCGCUGGGGGCCGCCGAGGACGGCCAACUGCUCGCCGCCAUCACACCCGGGGCAGCCGCCGCCGCCGCCUCUACCUCCGCCUCUGCCGCCUGGUCCGCCUCCACCUCCGCCGCCUCCUUCCCCGGCGCGCUGCUGGGCUCGCUGCGCGCGGUGGUGGGCUACAUGUCCAACUUCACAGGCAUGAGCUACAAGCGCAGCGUGUGGGGCUCGUGCCUGCUGCUGGCGGCGGCGGCGGCGCCGGUGUCGGCGGCGGGCCUGGUGCCGGCGCUGCGGCUGCUGGCGGAGCUGCCGCCCGCCAGCCUGGAGCCGGGGGGCGAGAUGCGCGAGGCGGCACGGUCUUACCUGCUGGGCCGGCCCCCCGCAUACAUCGAGGCGCUGCUCGCCGGCACCGCAGCCGGCGGCGGCGGCGGCGGCAUUAGCAGCGCCAGCCCCGCCGCCCUCCUGUCGCCCGCCGAGGCGGCGACCAUCACCGACCUGCUCCGCGGCCUCCUCGACGACUACGCCACCGCCCCCCCUGCUACAGCCACCCCUUCAGCAGCUGCUGCUGCGCCAGCUGCUGGUGUUGCUACAGCCGGUGCCGCUGCUACAGCCGGUGCUGCUGCUGCUGCGGGCGCCGUGGCGCGGCUCCUGGUGCUUUUCAGUGACGAGGCGGCGGCGGCGGCGGCGGUGUGCGGGCGGCUGCGGCGAGCGCUGGUGGGCUGCUACGGCCGGCCGUACGCGGCGGCGUCGGAGCUGGACGGCGCACUGGGGCUGCUGCGGGAGCUGCUGCAAGCCACACCGCCACUGCCGCUGCCUGCUGCGGCGGGCUCGGCCUCGCCCGCUCCCUCGCCACCGCCGCCGCCGCCGCCGCUCCAGCUGGCGCUGCUGGCGCUGCUGUGUGACUGCUGUGACGACCUGUGCUCCGUCGCCAGCCACGCCGCAGACGCCUUCCUGCAGCCCGAGCCCCAGCAGCCGCAGCCCUCCACAACCCCCACAACAGCAGCCGCUGCAGCCGCGUCGUCAGCGGCGCUGGCGCGCGCGGACGCUGCCUGGGCCUGUGUGGCUCUGGGCCUGAGCCGCGCGGCGCGGAGCCCGGACCCGGCGCUGGUGCCGGCGGUACGCAAGCUGGCGGGGGCGGCGCUGGCGCUGCUGACGCAGCUGUGCGCCGCGCCGCUGCCGGCGAGCCGCCCCGGUGCCGUCGUGGCGGGACUGCGGGCAGCCACCGCCGCCGCCAACGCGCUCCGCGCCGCCGCCGCCUGCUCCCCCGCUGUGGCCGCCGCCGCCGCGGAGCGGCUGGACAGCAGCGCCCUGGCGGCGGCCGCCGUGCGCGAUGCGGAUGCCGCCGCCGCCGCCAUCACCGCCGCCGCGGCCGCCGCCGCCGACAUGGACGUGUCCGCCGCCGCCGGCGAGUUGCUCGCCGCCAAGUGGCCGCUGGUCGACGCCGCCACCGCCUGCGCCGCCGAGCUCCUUCCCUCGCCGGCGUCGUCAUCGUCGGUGGCGGCGGCGGCGGCUGGCACUGCUGCUGCUGACGCUGACGCGGCGGUGGCGGUGGCGGGCGGGCUGCGGCUGCGGCGCGAGGUGCUGUGUGUGGUCCUGUCGCAGUCGGUUGCGGCGCUGUCGGAGUACCCGGAGGGCCAGGUGCUGCCGCUGCUGCGCUGCCUGCGCCGCUGCUGGGGCGCGGUGGCGGCGGCGGGGCCCGAGCUGCAGGAGGCGGCGGCGCGCGCCAUGGGCUGUGAGGAGGAGGCACGUGAGGGCGGCUCGGCGCUGCAGGCAGUGUGCUGGGGCGUGGUGCGCGCGCUGUGGAACGCGCUGUGUGCCACCCCCCGCCGCACCGGGCCGCUGUGUGCCGCCUUCGUCAACACAGCCCUCAUGCCGAGGCUGUUCGUGCAGCAGCCCGACGCGGUGCUGCAGGCGCUGCACGGCCCGCACGGCCCCUGCCGCUGGCUGCUGUCGCGGCUGCUGGAGUGGGGCGGCACCAGCAGCCGCUUCCUGCUGCUGCUGGCCUGCCAGCUGGGCAGCUACAUGGUGCUACAGCCGGCGCUGGCGGGCUGCUACUGCCGGGAGGUGCAGGCGCUGCUGCUGUGGGGCAGCCGCAAGGGAGCCGCCUAUGACCCCGACAUGGGCGGCAGUAGCACCGAGGCCACGGAGGCGGAGGAGCUGGCGGCAGUAGCAGCGCCCGCCGACCCGGCCCUGGUGGGCGGCGCCGCCAUCGCCUCCGAGGUGGCGCCCCGCGUGGCGCUGCUGUGCUGCCUGCACCAGAUGGCAGUAGCAGCGCGCUGCGUCUGGCCGCCGCCCGCCGCCGGCGCGGCGGCGGCUACUGCCGCGGAGGCGGCCGCCGCCGGCGUGAGCGCCGCCGGCGGCGCCGCGGCGCCGGCUGCGCCGGCGGAGGGAUCUGGGUCGGAGGCGGUGGCGGCGGCGGCGGCGCCCAAGCGGCCGGUGAUUGUAUUCGGGGAGUCGCCGAUGUGGGGGGAGGAGGCGGGCGGGUCCAAGCCGUCGCAGCUGAGCCAGGUGUCCACGAGCGCCUCUGCAGCCGCCUCUGCAGCUGCCUCUGCAGCCAUUUCUGCAGCCACCGCAGCUGUCGGCAACGGCAACAGCAACAGCAACGCAUCAGCAUCAGCAGCAGCCGCCGGGCCGGAGGCGGAGAAGGAGGAGGACGUGGGUGACUACGGUGCGCCGCCGCCUCCGGAUCCAGGCCACCCGGCUCUGGCUGCUGGGCGGCAGCUGUGGCGGCAGCUGCUGGGGGUGGCGCUGAGCGACCCGCAACUGUCCACGGACAAGGUCCGCAACGGCAGCGAGCUGCACAGGCAGAAGGUGCGGCUGUGGCAGUCGCUGGUGGUGCUGACCAGCUUCGUGCCGCGGGAGGAGGGCGGCGCGGCGGUGGACGCAGUGCUGCUGCAGCUGAACGGCAACAACCCCCCCACCGUGAAGCAGUACAUGGAGGCGGUGGUGGCGGCGCUGGUGAUGCGCGACCCCGCCCUGCUGCACAGCCGCCUGCUGCCGCUGGUGGCCCGGUACACGCGCCACGCAGCCGGGCUGGGCAGCUUCAUCCUCAUUGCCGCGCAGGUGCUGCUGCACUCCCCGGCGCCCGUGCAGCGGUCGUGUCUGCGGCCGCUGCUGCUGGCGCUGAGCCCCUGGCUCAUGUGCCACGGCCACGCGGUGCGCACCUACGCGCAGCUGGUGCUGUGGGCGCUGCUGGCCCGCUUCCCGCCCGAGGCCCCCAUGUGGGCACACUGCAUAGGCGACCUGGCCUAUCUGCGCCAGACCAUCGCCUUCAUGAGCACCAACACAGACCUGGUGCGGCUCAGGAGGAACAUCGGCGACCCCAUUUUGGAGUGGAGUCCGGCCGGCCUGGCGCACCCGGCCCGCGUGUUCGCGUCGGGACCCAUGGGCGUGUGCCUGGCGGGCUCGCCGCACGAGCUGGCCACCUUCGAGGGCGCCCCCGCCACCCUGGUGGACCGAGUGCAGGCGUUCCUGGUGUGGGAGCGGCACCGGCUGCGUGACGAGUUGUCGGAGCGCGAGGUGGAGCGCCUGUACGCAUCGCAGGACCCCUCGGCCUUCGCCGGCGUGAUGGACGCCGCCGCCUCGUCGUCGUCCUCCGGAGGCGGCAAGAAGCAGCAGCAGCAGCAGCAGGGCGGGACCGCCGCUGCUACAGCCGGCGGCGGCGGCAUUGGUGACUUCCAGCGGAAGAUAACGCCCGAGGCCUUGUUGGCGGAGCUGGGGGUGGCGGCGGCGGGCGCCGGCGGGGCGGCGGACGUUGAGGGAGCGGGCGGUGGCGGUGGCGGCGGCGGGCUGGCGAGCCUGCUGCUGUUGGAGGGCGAGGACGAAGCCGGCGACUGGAAGGCCGCCUCAGCCUCGGCCUCGCGGCGUCACGACAUACUGUUGGUUGCUUCCCUCAUCGACAAGGUCCCCAACCUGGCCGGCCUGGCCCGCACGUGCGAGGUGCUGGGUGCGGGGCGGCUGGUGCUGGCGGACCGCGCCGUAGCCAAGGACCCGCUGUUCACUAGCAUCAGCGUCACAGCCGAGCAGUGGCUGCCCAUGGAGGAGGUCAAGCCGGCGGCGCUGCUGGCGUGGCUGGAGCGCAAGGCGGCCGAGGGCUACACGCUGGUGGGCCUGGAGCAGACGGCCGAGAGCGUGCGGCUGCCCGACUACGUGUGGCCGGAGCGGGUGGUGCUGGUGCUGGGCCGGGAGAAGGAGGGCAUCCCGCCAGAGGUGUUGUCGCUGCUGGACGCGGCCCUGGAGAUCCCGCAGCGUGGCAUCAUUCGCUCCCUCAACGUGCACGUCACCGGCGCCAUUGCGCUGUACGACUAUGUGCGGAAGCAGCAGCAGCCGGCGCCGCCCGGGGCCGUGGUUGGGGCGGCGGCUGGGGCGGCGGCCGGGGCUGGGAAGUAGUGCAGUGUAGUAACGACUGGAGUGUGCAUAAUGCGCGCGUGUGAUUGGCGAUCAGAAAUGGAUGAUGAAGUAGUGAGGAAGCCGGUAGUCUUUAUGUGGGGGUGCGGCGGCUGUGGAAGCUGCUGCGUCAUGGAGAGGGGAAUGCACAUGGCGGGCAGGGCGGGCGGGCGGGCGGAGGCUCGUUCUUGUCUAGGGGUGACGAGCCAAUUGCUGAAGCCGCAACUAGUGUGGACAAGUGACAGCGAGCGAGCUUUCCUGGGCAAGGCUGAAACCUUGCUUGGACGGCGGGUGAGAUGGCGGAAACUGUGGGGAUCAUGUAGGUGUGAGUGUUCAGAUGGCUGUGGCCUGUCGACUCGCUCAAAUUUAUCGUUCAAGAGGUCGCCUCACGAGGUUGCCUGGCUGGCCGUAGCACUUUUGCAAUAUCUUGCAGGUUCGCAGUCGUAGCACCCGUGUUGCCGGCGAUGCCGGCUGAAGAAAGUGUGAUUCCCGCCGGUUCCCAGAUUUGGGAGGGACGAGGGGAGGCCGCUUCGGCGGCCGAUAGUCCCAUACACCCCGCGAACUGACACCAAGUGUCGCCAACGCAUUGGGCGAAGGCGGUCCCGUGUGACCGCUCCGUGCGGGUGGGGCGCAGCGCCUGGACUGCGGGGGGAGCCCGAGGGUUCCGCUAGCCCCAAGACCAGGAGAACCUAUAAAGGCCGCGGAUGCUGUACCGGACAUUGUAGCAGCAGGAAACGCCAUAAAAGGACUUGAUGACGAGCUGGGGCUUUCCUAUGGGUAUGGGGGACUUGCGCGCUGUCACGCCUUCCUCCCACACACAUCCACACCUCACACAAUCACACCCGGUCCCUGGUUAUGUUGCGCCGCGUGGCGACGGGGAUUCAAGGGAACAGCAGGGGCUCGGGACGCAUGGCAACCAACAACUCCUAUCCUGGUCAGGGGCGUCUUUGACGUUGACGCUCUGUAGCAGUAGAUGAGAUCCGGGUUGUGGCCAGGCGUGAAUGCACGUGUGAGCCUGCUGUGGGGUCCCGCGUGCCGGAAUGAAUGUGCGCACAUGAUGUCGAAAGCCGGAAGUGC